AUGGAAAGCGGCUUAUGUCAGACGGUCCCAAAUGAGAUUGAAGAUGAAACCCACGCAGAAGAUCAGAAAUACACAAAGUGGAAGUACACAUCCGAAUGGAUGGACAAACACCCAUCUCGCAAAGAACUGGCCCCAUUGAGACACCAAUAUGAUACAAUUGGAGCCGCAGCUCUCGAGCGCCUCCAAAGCAUCGCGGAAAAUGAAAAGCACACCAACGUACAGCGCCCAAGACUCGACCUUUACGCUCUCCUACGAGACAACCAUUCUACCGACCCCAUCCUCCACGCCUUCUGGGAAAAAGUCGACACCGUCCCGAAAUGGGUCGACCAGAAACAACUCGCUCGAGGCCAAAAAAUCUUCUACCGCUACGCGGUCGCAAACCUCACUGGCUUCGCUCUGCAGGGGUUUAUGGGCGAGAAAUCUGGGAUAAAAGUACAAGGCACGGACGUGGGAGAGAUGGCCUUUUAG